CCCACUAGCCCCCUCGUGACUUCUACCACCUACUCUACCUCCCCCUCUCGUCUCCCCUCGUACACAUGCACGUGUGAUAAAUCCACCUCACCGGUAAAGCAACCACCACCGGAUCAGCAGCUUUUGAUUGCGCCGGCUGCUGUACCACUCAACGACACUUCUCCCUCCCUUCUAAUACGAUCCCAACGAGUUUUUACCGCCCGCUCUUCUUCGAACAACGUGCCAUACAACCUGUCAGCAACCUGUGAUAUAAUGCUCGAUGCCUAAAUAUUUACAUAGACAUAGACAUCUAGUCGAAGACUAGAUCAGGCUGUAGUGUCUCACCGUCAACAGAGGACUGCGAGUACGAGAACUCAGCCGACCACACGCGUUUUAAACGGAUCUAACCAGUACGAAGAGAGAAAAGAGAAACGGAAGACGGCGCCGGAGAAUGUCGACGUGCACCGACGAGGCCGAUAAUGCACCCUGCACACUGUCUCCGGUGCAGGAGGCACCAGUCUCGCCGGCGUCCUCCUCACUGAGCAACCAAAAUCAAAACGAGAACGAGCAGGUCCUGCUGGCGACCAUGCAGCCGGUGAACGUGCUCCAUCUACAAGGGCACGAUUCACCGAUUGUGCACACGCUUCACCCCAAGUACCAUCAUCAUCAUCACCGUCACCACCACCACCAUCACCACCAGCAACAGCAGCAGCAGCAGCAUAUCCAGAGCAACGAUUCGGAUGACGUGCAGCAACGCGCCGCGGCCGCGGACGACUCCGACGGCCGCGUGACCCCCGGCGCCGAGGCGGCCGCCGCGGCCGGCAACACGGCGCUCGGCGAGGACAAGAUGAUCGACCUGAUUUACAACGACGGGCAAAAGACGGUCAUGUAUACCCACGACAAAGAGAUCAUCUACGAGAACGACGCGGAAGUGCAAGUGGUCGAGUACCCACCGCCACAGCCGUCACCUCCGUCGCCGUCGCCGUCGUCGGCCGGUGUCGCGAGAACGACCGGCCUGCUGCCGCCGGCCUGCGUCACCUCGAGAUCCGCCGGCACGACCGCCACCGCCGCCGCCACGACCGCCCUGCAUCUGCACCACUACCCGCAGCUGCAGCUGCAACACGAGGACGAUCUGCCGACGGUGCGCCACGCCGUCAACGCAACCGUGUCGAAUUGCGGCGCCGCCACGACCACGACGACGGUACUCGUGCUGUCGGAGCUCGUCGCAGCUGACCCGGUUGCCGCCGGUGCAACUGCAGCCGCGCAACAACUGACACUCACCGCCGCCGCAGCGUCGUUUCGCGCCGGGUAA